ACAAGAAAGUACCUAACACGCGUGCUGUAGACGAGAAACGUUCAGUCGAGACAGAGCUCAUCCACGGGUUAGUUGAUUUAUUCUCAUCCAACAGACAAAAUGGCCGAUGUACCAAAACGUGAUCUUGAAAAUAUCGAAUUCGUUUUCGAAAUCAUGGGCUCUGCCGGUGUGGGCAUUGAUGCCGUUGAUCUAGGUGAUGCCCUCCGCGCCCUCAACUUGAACCCAACCUUGGCGUUGAUCGAAAAAAUGGGCGGCACCAAGAAGCGCAAUGAGAAGAAAAUCACCUUCGAAGAAUUCAUCCCCAUCUACGCACAAGUGAAGAAGGAGAAGGAUCAGGGCUGCUACGAAGAUUUCAUUGAAUGUUUGAAAUUGUACGACAAAGCCGAGGAUGGCACAAUGCUGUUGGCUGAAUUGCAACACGCCCUACUGUCACUUGGUGAGGCAUUGGAUGAUGAGCAAGUUGAGACUCUCUUCGCCGAUUGCAUGGACCCCGAAGAUGAUGAAGGCAUGAUUCCAUACUCCCCAUUUCUUGCCAGAAUGUGUGAAAGACCAGAUAUGCUAUAAAAUCACCAUUCACUUAUAGCGGCAACCAUUCUCCAUAGAUG